AUGAAUAAGAAACCAAUAUCCUUUGGUAAAAUUAGUUUUAAUUUUAACAAGUGUGAGAAAACAAACGACACUUCUACAUCAGGUUUCGGAACAUUCGGGCGAACGCCUAUACAAGAGCAGAAAGAAAUAGAGGAAAUAACAGACGACUUAGAAAAUCAACAUGUUCAGCAAGUUAUGGGUAUCAAACAUUUUGGAAAGAAAGCUAAAAAUUUCGAUGUUGAGGAAAUGAUGGAACAAGCUCGUAAAACAGCUCAAGAAGUAACGAAAAAAAAGUUAGAAACUAAUGAAGAUGAAUUUAGUAAAGAAACAGACACUGUAAAUCAAAAGGAUAAAGACGAUCAUGUAAUCGGACCUCCUGUCCCACCAGGUAUACCACAAGAUGAUGAAAACGAUGAUGACUUAAUAGGUCCUCCAAUACCUAAAGAAAUUUUAGAGUCAGGUUCUAUUGACAGUGAGCAAUCAAAAGCAGAUAAAGAAAACAGUGAUGAAGACAGUUAUGAUGAACUGAGUGGUUCUGAUGAUGAAGAAUUCAAUUUAGAAAAGCGGAUACCUAAUACUCAUGAGGUAGAAAUGCUGCAUGGUACUAAGGCAGUGAUAGCACUGGCUGUGGAUCCCUCUGGAGCCCGAUUAGCCACAGGAUCAAUUGAUUAUGAGGUUUCAUUCUGGGACUUUGCUGGUAUGGACUCCUCAAUGCGCUCAUUCCGUACACUCCAACCGUGCGAGAAUCAUCCGAUAAAAGCGCUACAGUACUCCGCCACUGGAGACUCCAUCCUUGUCGUGAGCGGUUCAGCACAGGCCAAGGUGCUGGACAGAGAUGGCUUUGAAGUGCUUGAGUGUGUGAAGGGCGAUCAGUACAUUACCGAUAUGGCGAGAACUAAAGGCCACACCGCGUCACUAAACAGUGGUUGCUGGCACCCGCACAUCCGCGAAGAGUUCAUGACAUGCUCCCAAGACGGCACCCUUCGACUCUGGCUGACUGAGAACCCUAAACAGCACAAAUCCGUGAUAAAACCGCGCCAACAGGGCGGUCUCAAAACAAACCCAACAGCCUGCGCGUUUUCAAGGGACGGCAACACGGUUGCUUGCGGCUGUUACGACGGCUCCAUCCAGAUGUGGGACCAUAGACGGAACUUUGUCAACACCACUGCGUUACUCCGAGACGCUCAUCAAAAACAAUCUGAGAUAUCCAGCAUUUCCUAUUCGUAUCUAGGUCACCAAUUGGCAAGUCGAGGGAACGACGAUACGUUAAAGUUAUGGGACUUGAGAAGCUUUAAGAAACCUUUAAAUGUCUUCUCAGGAUUGUUCUCGAGGUAUGAACAGACAGACUGCGGUUUCAGUCCCGAUGACGCCAUAGUAUUUACUGGGGAAUCACUGCAGAGGAAUCAAGACAUUGGUCGUCUUUUAUUCUAUAACACAAAGACAUUUGAAUUCGUGACAAAUAUAGAAGUAAGCAAGUCACACGUGAUAAAAGCAGUGUGGCAUGCAAAACUUAACCAGAUAUUCGUUGGUUGUGGGAACGGUGUUGUCAAAUGCUAUUACGAUCAUAAACGAAGCUUGCGAGGUGCUAAGUUGUGUAUAGUGAAAACGCACAGAAAGAAACAUUCUAUGGAAGUUGUGAGCACACAGCAGAUCAUAACACCUCACGCUCUACCUCUGUUCCGGCAAGAGAAGUUAAGAACUAGCAAGAAGAGAAUGGAGAAGGAUCGGUUAGAUCCUGUCAAGUCAAGAAGACCCGAUUUGCCUAUAACAUCCGGUCAAGGGGGUCGCGUAGCUGCUUCCGGAAGCACAUUAAGUUCAUUUGUAAUAAGGAAUCUUGGUUUAAGUAAGAGGGUUGAUGAUGAACAAGAUCCAAGAGAGGCUAUACUUAAGUAUGCGAAGGAAGCAGAGGAAAAUCCGUUUUGGGUCGCUCCUGCAUACAAGAAGACUCAACCGAAACCGAUCUUUCAGAAUGAAGGGGAAGAGGAAGGCCCUUCUGAUGCCAAAAAGCAGAAAACUUCUUAA